AUGGAGAGAAAAUCAAACAGAAGAGCAAAGGAAUCUGAAGAAAAACACUGCACCUCCGAAGGCUCGGAGCAAGACAAGGACUAUAAAACGUCUCUGGUUACUCUGAACGUUGGUGGCUAUCUAUACAUCACACAGAAACAAACACUAACCAAGUAUCCAGACUCGUUUCUUGAAGGUAUCAUCAACGGCAAGAUAAUGUGCCCUUUUGAUGCGGAUGGACAUUACUUCAUAGACAGAGAUGGACUCCUUUUCAGGCACAUUCUGAACUUCCUACGAAAUGGAGAACUUCUGCUACCGGAAGGGUUUCGAGAAAAUCAACUUUUGGCACACGAAGCAGAUUUUUUUCAGCUUAAGGUAUUAUCAGAUGCAGUGAAAUCGAAGUGGGAGAAGGAGCAGCUAGCGUCUAGAGAGACUACUUUCCUGGAAAUAACUGACAGCCACGACCGUUCCCAGGGUCUUAGGAUUUUUUGUAAUGCUCCCGAUUUCAUAGCAAAAAUUAAAUCCCGAAUCGUACUGGUGUCCAAAAGCAGGCUGGAUGGCUUUCCAGAGGAGUUUUCUGUGUCUUCAAAUAUUAUCCAAUUCAAAUACUUCAUAAAGUCUGAAAAUGGUACACGACUUGUGCUGAAGGAGGACAACACCUUUGUCUGCACCCUGGAGACUCUUAAGUUUGAGGCUAUUAUGAUGGCUUUAAAAUGUGGAUUUAGACUGCUGACCAGCCUGGAUUGCUCGAAAGGGUCUAUUGUUCACAGCGAUGCACUUCAUUUUAUCAAGUAA